AUGAGUUCGUCAAAGAUUUUGUUGACUAUCCGCUGGUACGUGGCUCCGGCAUUCUUUAGGCAUGACGUUGUAGCAAUAAAGCCCUCUGUCAGUAAUGAAUGUCGUAUGUUCACGAUCCGUGGGAUGCAUGGCGAGCCAAAUGGGGUAGGUGACUUCCCGGAUAAAGCCGAUUGCCUGAAGCUUGUCUACUUCGAUCUUCAUAGCCUCAUAUCGCUUGGCGUCACAAGAUCGUCUCUUCUGUCAUACCGGUUUGGAAGAAGGGGAGAUGCUGAGUUUGUGGCUGAUGACGUCCGGGGAGAUGCCAGGCAUAUCAUUGUAAGACCAGGCGAAAACUUCCGAAUUGGCCCUUAA